AAGAUUUACUCCGUAUUUCUUAUGUUCCAAGCUAUACAAUACAACAUACGCCCGAUUGAGCCUUUCUGCUUUUAGACGGUCGGACAUAUUCCACACCUCGUCUUCGUCUUCGCUCUCCGAUUUAAGCCUUCCUCAUUUAAACAGUUAUUGGUUGCCUUUCAAAUUACAUGGCGGAUAAGCAUUCUGUUGAAGGUUCCGGUACAAGUGUUGUUUGUGGUGAGAGUUCAGAAUCAACCGUGGAGCUCAAUAUCAAGACUCUAGAUUCACAGAUCUACACCUUUAAUGUGGAUAAAAAUAUGCUAGUUUCACAGUUCAAAGAGAAAAUAGCAAGUGAAAUUGGUCUUCCAGUUGGGCAGCAACGCCUAAUUUUUAGAGGGAAGGUCUUGAAGGAUGAGCACCCGCUUUCUGAAUAUCAUGUGGAAAGUGGCCAUACGUUGCAUUUGGUUGCCAGACAGCCUUCUCAAUCACAGCUCUCAUCAGGUACUACAAGUUCUGAAGAGACAAAUGCAAAUAAUAACAGAGGACAAGAUGCUAGUACUGGUGCCCCCCGUAAUCGUAUUGGGCAAAUUACACACAGUGUGGUACUUGGAACCCUUAAUGUUGGGGACCAAGGUGAAGGCGGGCCAGAUUUAAGUAGGGUAAUUGGGGCGGUUUUGAAUUCUUUUGGAAUUGGGAGCCAGGCUACACCUAAUGGUACAGGCACUUCACAACCUAACGUCCAGGCUCCUCAAGGAAAUGGAACAGAAGGGACAAGAAAUAAUGAUGGGAUUCAAAACCAAGCAGGAAGUCGGGCACAGUCUGGGCAGGCAUUUCCCAAUCAAUCUCUACCCCAAAAUUUUCAAAUGCCACAGGGAGCAGCAAUACCUGUUCCUUCACUUAAUGCGCCAAUUCCUGAUUCUUUGGACACACUUUCUGAGUUCAUGAGCCGCAUGGAGUUGGCUUUGUCACAGAACGGAUAUCAGCCAAAUCAAUCGCCACCCAGUAGAGGUGAUCUACCAAGAGUGCAAUUGCCUUCCAACUCACGUGGAUUUUCAACACCUGAAUCAUUGAGCACUGUUCUGCGUCAUGCACAACGUCUUCUUAGUGAUCGCGCCGUCACUGCACUCUCUCAUAUUUCUGGACGUCUGGAGCAAGAGGGUGGUUCAACUGAUCCCACAGUGAGGGGCCAAAUUCAAGCAGAAUCAAUGCAAGUAGGGCUUGCAAUGCAACAUUUUGGCGCGCUUUUUCUAGAGCUUGGUCGGACAAUUUUGACACUGCGCAUGGGACAGUCUCCUGCUGAAUCUUAUGUGAAUUCUGGACCUGCAGUUUAUAUAUCUCCAUCAGGACCUAAUCCCAUGAUGGUUCAGCCCUUUCCUCUUCAAACCAGCUCCCUUUUUGCUAGUUCUGUUGCUGCUCCUACUCUGAAUCCCGGUACUAUUGGUCCUAUUGGCAUUGGAAAUGUUCCAAGGCACGUAAACAUUCAUAUACAUACUGCUGUUGGCACCAGGGCAACUAAUGGAGAAGGGAUGCAGGGAGAACGUGUUAGUGGAACUCGUUCAGAUGAUCCAGGUCAAACACGAGUGCUGCCUCCGAGAAAUAUUUUUGCAGCAGCCGUCCCAUCUCAGAUUUCUGUUUCAAAUGCGUUGCAACCUGCUGACUCUGUUUCACAACCAACUGCUGACCCUGUUUCGCUAUCCGCUGCUAUAGCUGAAGUCAGUUCACGACUUAGAGGCCUUGUUGAUAACAUGCAGAGUGAUACCCAGGUUCUAUCAGACCAAUUAGAGUUGUCAACUGCUCAAAAUCCAUCUGUUGAAUCUGGUGCCAGCAAUGAAGUUAGCAGUCUCCUGAGAGAUCUGGCGGUCAAUGGAGCUGGAGCUGGAGCAGAUCCAUCUUUAUUUAGUUGUGUGCCUGAAAUGGAAGGUCAGAAGCCAAGUAAUAACGAGGGUACAGAAGGUGUUGUGAAUACAAACGAAGUACCUUCUAGUAGCUCAGCUGGAGGUUCUCAUAGCUGUUCAGGUGGAGAAAAUGCAUUGAAGUCUGUAAACAAUUCAGAAUGUGCCACAAGAUCUGGUAAUGGGAAUGAUAAUCCAGAGGGUGCCUCUGCUGUUCCACUUGGGUUAGGGCUCGGAGGUCUGCAACCUAAGAGGCGAACUAGGCAGGCAAGAUCACGAAACAGUAAUAGUGAUGGUGGGACUUCUAGUGCUUCUCAACAUCCGAAUCAACAAACUGGAACAAAUGGUCAGCAGGUUUUGCAGUCUCUUGCUUCUCUUGCAAAUAGGAGGAAUGCAAAUACUCUGCCAUCAGGACAGAUGCCACCUGCCCUUGGGCAGACAAUGGGGAGUGUACCAUUGGGCGGGCAGAGUGCUGGUGGACAAAUUGAUGCUGCAAAUGUCAUGUCUCAGGUUAUCCAGAGUCCUGCUUUAAAUGGUUUACUGGCAGGGGUUUCGCAGCAAACUGGAGUUGGUUCUCCUGAUGUUUUGAGGAACAUGUUGGAACAGCUUACUCAGAGCCCGGAAAUGAGGAACACGGUCAAUCAAAUUGCUCAACAAGUUGACAGCCAAGAUCUUGGAAACAUGUUUUCAGGUUUUGGAAUGGGCCAAGGUGGUGGCUUUGAUCUAUCUAGGAUGGUUCAACAGAUGAUGCCCAUUGUUUCUCAAGCUCUUAGUGGUGGGUCAGUUGCCUCUCAACCAACAACUAUUAUGGGACCUGAAUCCCAGUACAACGAGAGAAGGCAAAUCAGAGAUGAGGACAAUGAUCAUAAUUCUCAGAUUGACCUCCAACAAGUGGUUCAGAGAAUUCAAAACCAGAAUCCACCUAGGGAAAUUUUUCAAGGUAUAGUUGAAAAUGCUGUUCAGUUGUUUGAUAACGGCACUGGUGCUGAAGAUCUUCUAGAUGAAUUGUGCAGUGAAGGUCUUGCAAGUGAAUAUCUGGAGAUGCUGCAUGAUGACGUUCGUAAACGACUUCAGGGUGAAACUGGGUCCGCGGAGAAGUUAUAGUUACUGGUGGUGUUGGGAGUGUUUAUGAUAUCAUUGUAAUAUUUAUAUGGAUGAUGGAAUUGAUGGUUGCCAUUACUUCUGGGUGACGUGGAAUUUAUGGUCACUCUUAGUUAGUCCUUGUAUAAAUCAAAUUUGGGUUGGGGCUUUUUUGUGAUUUAAGUUACAGCUGAUCUACCUGAUGUAGAUCCAUCUUUGUAUUUAUUUCAGUGAAUUUAAAUAGUAUCAGCAGUUUUUCUUCCA